AUGGAGAAAGUCGAUACGUCUGGUCGUCUUUCGAAACUGAGGGAGCUCAUGAGAGCACAUUCAAUCGACGUGUAUGUUGUUCCCUCGGAAGAUAGCCAUUCUUCGGAGUACAUAGCGGCCUGUGAUGCGCGACGGGAGUUCAUCAGCGGCUUUAGCGGCUCUGCCGGCUGUGCAGUGAUUACACUUGACAAGGCCGCUCUUGCUACUGAUGGCAGAUAUUUCAACCAAGCCUCGAAGCAGCUUGACCACAACUGGCUAUUGCUCAAGCAGGGUCUCCAGGAUGUCCCUACAUGGCAAGAUUGGUCCGCAGAACAAUCCGCCGGCGGGAAAACAGUUGCUGUGGAUCCAGAACUCAUUGCCGCAGCCGCAGCCAAGAAGCUGGCAGUAAAGAUCCAAAAGUUCGGUGGCAGUGAGCUGGUUGCCCUAGAACGCAACCUUGUUGACGCAGUCUGGGGAAAGGAUCGCCCUGACCGCCCGAGGAAUCCUGUGGUGAUCCUAGACACGGCGUUCUCGGGGAAGAACGUUGAGACAAAGCUGAGAGAUUUGCGUCAAGAACUUGUGAAGAAGAAUUCACUCGGCAUGGUAGUGUCUAUGCUGGAUGAGAUUGCCUGGCUCUUGAACCUGCGCGGCAGCGACAUUCCCUACAAUCCCGUCUUCUUCUCUUACGCUGUCAUUACUCUCGACACUGCCACACUAUUUGUUGACGACACCAAACUCCAUCCCGACAGCCUUGAAUACCUGAGAAAGAAUGGUAUUGUAACCAAGCCCUAUUCUUGUAUUUUCGAUGACGUCAAAGCCUUGACGUCCUCGAAAGGUGUGCAGGGUAGAGAAAAGCGAACUCUUCUCUCGAGCAAGGCGUCCUGGGCUUUGAAGCGGGCACUUGGCGGCGAUGACCUCGUUGAGGAGGUGCGCAGUUUCAUCGGAGAUGCAAAGGCCGUGAAAAACGAAGCUGAAUUGGCAGGCAUGAGGGCUUGCCACAUCAGAGAUGGCAUUGCGCUCAUUGAAUACUUCGCCUGGCUCGAAGACCAGUUGGUGGCCAAGAGAACCGUGCUGGAUGAGGUGGAGGCGGCAGACAAACUCGAAGAGCUCCGGCAGAAGCAAGAGAACUAUGUCGGAUUGUCAUUUGACACCAUCUCAUCCACAGGCGCCAACGCUGCUGUAAUUCACUACAAACCCGAGCGUGGCUCAUGCCCAGCCAUCGACCCUGAAGCAAUCUACCUCUGCGACUCGGGGGCUCAGUAUCUCGAUGGGACAACCGAUGUGACUCGUACUGUUCACUUCGGCUGUCCCACAGCAGCCGAGAAGCUGGCUUAUACGCUUGUAUUGAAGGGUAACAUUGCACUGGAUAGCGCAAUAUUCCCAAAGGGGACGACAGGGUUUGCACUGGACUGCCUGGCGCGGCAGCACUUAUGGCGGGAAGGUCUAGACUACAGGCACGGAACUGGGCACGGUGUUGGGUCGUACCUGAAUGUGCAUGAGGGUCCAAUUGGAAUCGGUACCAGGGUCCAGUUCGCAGAGGUAUCACUCGCUUCUGGAAACGUUGUCUCCAUCGAACCAGGUUUCUACGAAGACGGUGCAUUCGGCAUCCGUAUCGAGAACCUCGCUAUCGUCAAGGAGGUCCAGACACAGCACUCCUUCGGUGACAAGCCUUACCUCGGAUUCGAACACGUCACGAUGGCUCCUUACUGCAAGAACCUUAUCGACAUCAACAUUUUGACCACGGCAGAGAAAGAGUGGCUUAAUGCCCAUAACACGGACAUUUUCAACAAGACAAAGGAUGCUUUCAAAGACGACGCCUUAACCCUUGCAUGGCUGACUAGAGAAACACAGCCCAUUUGA